GCCUACCGGUCAUAAUAAAGAAACGAGGAAGUAGCGCAUGUGUAGAAUCAGCACCCUGGUAUGGUAUUUACCGGUUUUAUAAUUUUAAACAAUCAGAUCUCGCAAGUCUAAAUUGAACUAAACAUUAAUGGUUUGGACUUUAUUACUGUAUAAAGUCACCAGACUCUUUGAUUUUUAAUAAUUUUUCUGCAAGCUCUUGCAAAACUUGUCCCGAUCAAGGUCAAAAGUUGCUUGACGUUGGACCUUUAAAUUGUGUACGUAAGUGAUCCUAAAUCUCUUAUUAAAUGGCCGGGUUAAUUAACUUUGAGGACGAGAAGGAAGUCAAGCAGUUUUUGGAUAAUUUGGGAGUAGAGUACAGUUAUCAGUGUUACCGGGAAAAAGAUCCUGAAGGUUGUCAGAGGUUGGCCGAUUACUUGGAAGGUGUGAAAAAGAACUACGAGUCCACUGCCCAGGUUCUCAAGCAUAACUGCGAGGUGAAUGGACAUGGAGAGAGCUGCUACAAGCUUGGGGCUUACCAUGUCACAGGCAAAGGUGGUGUGACAGAGUGUUUAAAGACAGCAUACUCCUGUUUUAUGAAGGCAUGUCACACCAAAGGAAAGAAGUCAGUGGAUGCUUGCCACAAUGUAGCUCUGCUCGCCCAUGAUGGGAGAGCCAUGGAGGGAGGCACAGACCCACUGCUGGCUCGUCAGUAUUAUGAAAAGGCGUGUGAUGGUGGCUUCGCACCCAGCUGUUUCAACCUAAGUACCCUAUUCAUCCAGGGAUCUCAAGGACUGGACAAAAACAUGUCAUUGGCUUUAAAGUAUGCCCUGCGGUCUUGUGAGAUGGGCCAUGUUUGGGGUUGCUCCAAUGCAAGCCGCAUGUACAAACUAGGUGAUGGGACAACCAAGGAUGAGCAGAAAGCAGAGGAACUUAAGAACAGGGCUAGAGAACUCCAUGGACAGCAGAAAGAACAACAACUGAAAUUUGGGGAGUGAGUCAAUGGCAGCUAUGUGGACCAUAAAUUAUUGAGACCUAAUAGAUUUUUUGGAAAUGCAAAUAAAGGCCAAGAUCUUUGUACUGGUUUUUGAUAAAACAGCGAUUGUGCCAAUACACGGAUCAUUUUUUCCCAUAUGUAUUUAUAUGGCCUUGUUAUAUGGAUGUUGUUUACUGACUUCAUUCAUUAUAAAUUGAUUAAAUGAAAGCAGAUUGAAUAGUGUUAUAAUUA